AAAAAGAAAAGAACAGAGAAAAUAGGAAAUAAAGCUUAGCAAGUACCAAAACCUUCUGCGCAUUUCUUCGACUCUCUCAAUAAGGGGAGAAGAAUCCCGAUUGCUGUUUUCUGUAUCCACCGGGCUUUUUCAGUUUCUGGGGAAAGAACCUAGAGUCUAUUGUCUCUUUCACCUGCUCCUCGCGCUUCUCUAUCUUAGAUGGCGGAUGCUUAUUGGAGAUACGGAGACUCAAGGCAAGCACCACCGUCAUCGAUCCCGUCUCUCGUCGGGAAACGACCUCGCUCUGAUUAUGAUCUCCCUGGUGGUCAUGAGCCCUCAAGCUAUUUUUCUCGUGAAGAUGACCGACUGGCUCUCCGUGGAAUGAGAGAUACUGAUUCCAUUGGAGCAUCCUAUGACCGUUACCUGCGAAGUUCGCAAAUUUCAUCAUAUGGUGGGGGGCAGUCUGCUAGAUCCAUUGCUGGAGGAUUAUCUAGUCGUGCUGUCGAUGAUCCGCGAUUGGCAGGUCUUGGGGGUGUGGACCCAGUAGUAAAAGACAGGUCUUUGGGGCUUGGCAGUGGAAGGUCAGAGGUUGCCCUUCCUCCUGAUGCAUCAAGUACCUUGUUUGUGGAGGGUUUACCUUCUGAUUGUACACGACGGGAAGUAGCUCAUAUUUUCCGUCCUUUUGUUGGCUACAAAGAAGUGAGACUCGUUAGCAAGGAAUCCAGACAUGCUGGUGGGGAUCCACUGAUACUUUGUUUUGUUGAUUUUGUUAGUCCUGCCCAUGCAGCUACUGCCAUGGAUGCUUUACAAGGUUAUAGAUUCGAUGAGCAUGACCGAGACUCGAUUAAGUUAAGGUUGCAAUUCGCUCGCUAUCCUGGUGCGAGGUCAGGUGCUGGGUAUCGUGGCAAACGUUGAACUAUGCAGUUUUGCAGGAUUUGCGCGAGUCAGGAAGUCUAUGAUAAUGAGCAAUGGUACAGCAACGCGAUGAUCUCAUGAAUUUGAAAGACUCCGAGUUCCAUAGGAUGAUAAUUACUGCGUGUUUUCUGUAGUUCUGGGUCGAUUGCUAGACAUUUAAGUGUGUGCUUUAUUAGAAUGUGAAGGAUUAUAUUUGCUUUCAAUUGCUUCAGACUGACAUCGAUUUGAAUCCAUUUCAGUAGUUUUGCUAUCUUAAUUUAUAAGCCGUUCUUUUAUUGUCUUGAGUUCUGGGAUCUGGAAUCAAUGUUGUAAAACGUUUAUAAAUAGGGAUUUUAACUACUUCAUGCGGGUCUAUUUCCUUGUAUUUAAGAGAUAACAGCAACAUUUUUGGUUCUUCCCUGCUCAUACCCAUGCCAAGAGGUAAUCAGGGUAGAGAAAUAGGAGGUUCAUUGCCGGUAACCAACCACCUGAUCUGCCUGGUAAGAUUUAUGUUUCAUCUUGGGGUGAAUCUCCCCAUUUUGCAGUUGAGACUCUAAAGAGUUAUAAAUGUCCUUACCCUUAGUGGCGUUGUCAGAUCUAGUUGACUGUUUUCUUUCUUGACUUGGUACCCUACAGUACCUCAAUUCUGCCCUUGUGCUUGUUAAUGAGAAAACCUGUAACUGCCAAUCAGAGGUUAUCUGACCUGGACAAUGCCCUUUUCUUGUGUUUGCAAA